GGCGGAGGCGGCAGCAGCUCCCUAGAGCCCCGACUGGGCGCCCGCAGCCUCCGCCCCGAGCGGACAGGCGGCCCUUUUCCCGGGCGGCGCUUCCGCCAGCGGCCCCUUCCAGCCGGGCGAGGGUGGCGGGCGCCGCUGCCCCGGAGCGCGGGCUGUUCCCGGCCGGAGGAGCCUCUUCGGGCCGCCGCCGCCGCCGCCCUGGCGCUGCUUCCCGGGCUGCUGCGGCGCUGACAGCUGGCGAGGCUGGGCGCGCCCCCGACGGCCCUCCGGCGCUGUGGGCGUCGGGUCCCCGAAGGCAGGAGAUGGGAGGACCCGCGUUGGCUGAGCCGAGGGGCGGGGCCGAGCAGCAGGUGGGCGGGGCCGGCCUGGAAGGGGCGUCCCCUUCGGCUCCGACCCCUCCCGGGGGCCCGGCUGGCUGCGCGGGUUGCUUUCGGGCUCUCCGGCCGGGGAGGCGGCCCCGCGGUUUGGGAUGACGCCGGUUGGGCCUUUCGGGGCGGGCUGGCCUUUCUCCCAUCCCGCGGAGCAUUCUGCACUCGCGCAGGAGCGCUCUCGCCCGGCCCGCGGCUUCUAGCGGCCGCCGGGGGAGCGAACGGGAGCCGCUCGGAAGGCUCCUCCGCGCCGUCGGCCAGUGGGUUCCCCCUUGUGAGGGGGCGAGGAGGGGCUGCCUUCCGCGGGGUCUCCGAAGCCCCUUUGCCAGGAGGGCGGAGGCGUCGGAUGGGAAAGCUGGCCAGGGUUCCCCCGAUCCCGAUUUCCCCGGGCCGAAAGGUCUCCAGCUGCAUCUCUGCAUCUGGAUUCCCCAGGGCAGCGGGGGGGGGGUGUUAACCUGGGCUUCUUGGCUCCCCCAUCUUCAAGGCUGUGGGUCAAGCUGCGUUGUGGCUUCCUUGAGGGGCAGAAGAUUCCCCAGGAGCUCCUGAGCUUGUGGGACUCCUGGAGGCUGAGUUUUGACAGUGGGCUGUUGGCGGAGCAUCAGUUGUGGGGCCCAGGGGCCCAUGAAGCCUCCUCUGGGGAAGCCACCGAGGCCAUCUUUUGAGAGGUCAAGUAUGUGGGGAGCUUCCCCUUCCAUUAUCUCCACCACAGCCCCUCUGGGAGGGAGGGAGGGGGGUUGAGGGUGAGUAUCUUGGGGGCUUUGUGGUUGGAGAGGGUCUCUUCCCCAGAUCCAGUCCCUCUCACUGUUGCAUUGCGCUGCUAACCUUUGCUCAGCCUUUCUCCACCAAAGGACCCCUGGGGUGGCUUGGUUCUAGGAAGAGGUGGGCCACAUUGAGGUGGCCAUGAGUUCCAGAGGUCCUUUGCCACCAUUAAGGGUUGUUCUCUCUUUGCACAGGCAGGAGCCCACAGAGGAAACCUGACUUAACCUCCUUCGCCACGGACGACUGUCUCUCGUCCAUCCUUGCCCUUGGCGAAAUGGCGACCCCCUUAAAAAAAAAAAAGACGAAUAUUGUAUUUUUAUCUUAGAAUCGGGAAUGGAAGCGUUGACAGAUGCUUCUCUGUGGGCUAAAGCUGCGGGUCCUCAGGAGGGCUCUGGGCUUUGGCUGGAGGAUGCCCCAGUUGGCAGGGGCGGCCCGUAGCAAGGCCAAGCCCAGGAUGAGCUCCUCCUCGCUGCUGGGGGAGGGCUCCCUCGAGCCCCCGGUGCUGCUGAGCGACAUCAAGACGGAACCCCCCGAAGAGCUUCUGGCCACGGACUGCAACCAGCCGCAGGCCGAGCCGGUGGACCUGUCCCUCCAUAAGCCCAAGGGCUCCCUGCAGCCUCCCGCCGCUCGCUCGGCGCCCGUGCCAGCCGCCCCCCCGGCCCCCAUGGUUCCCAUGUCCCCCGUGGGGCUGGCCUCCUCUUCCGCCAUCCCCGCCGUUCUCUCGCCCGGCUCCAUCCUGGCUUCCACGCAGGGCAGCGGCGGGCAGCAAAUCCUGCACGUUAUCCACACCAUCCCUUCGGUCAACCUGCCCAGCAAGAUGGGCAACCUCCAGACUAUCCCGGUGGUGGUGCAGUCCCUGCCCGUGGUUUACACCACCAUGCCCAGCGACGGCGUGACAGCCGCCAUCACGGUGCCCCUGAUCGGAGGAGACGGCAAGAACGCCGGUUCUGUGAAAGUCGACCCCAGUUCUAUGUGCCCCAUGGAGAUCCAGAGCGAGAGCGAGGACAGCGCCUCGGAGAGCGGGACGGGCUCCUUCCCCGACCCACAGAAAGAGCCCCUGGGAGGAAGGCCGCCGCGCCUGGAGUCUCCCGACCUGAAGAAGAGGCGGAUCCACCAGUGCGACUUCGAGGGGUGCAACAAGGUUUACACGAAGAGCUCCCACUUGAAAGCCCAUCGGAGGAUACACACUGGAGAGAAACCCUACCGAUGCACCUGGGAGGGCUGCACCUGGAAGUUUGCUCGCUCCGACGAGCUGACCAGGCAUUUCCGGAAGCACACGGGCAUCAAGCCCUUCCGCUGCUCGGACUGCGACCGCAGCUUCUCCCGCUCCGACCACCUGGCUCUGCACCGCCGGAGGCACAUCAUGAUGUGAGCAGGGCAGGGGGGCGUGCAGCCCGCGUCCCACCAGCCCUUGAAGCGGCUUCCCUGGUCUCCAGCUGGUCCCUCGGCUGCCAGGCACGGGGCCACCAACCCGGCGAUUUGCCCAGAAAGAGCCUACGUCUGCGCCCCGUCCGAGAUUGGCCUUCGGACUCCGUGGCUGGGGAGCUUCAGGGCCUUCAGGGAGAAUCCGAGCAAGGGACACAGGUGGGUUGCGGGAAGAGACGGAUCGUCCUGCAAAGGAGCUGCUGCAUUGGACCCAGGCCAGGAAACUGCCAAAGGCGGGUUCCUCGGGGGAGUGCGUGGCAUUGCCCAUGCGAGGGGAAAACCUUCUCUACUUGGCCGGGCACCUCCGAGUUCUCAUCCUGCACUUCUUGCUCACAGCACAAGAACAGAGAUUGCACCAUACCAGGAAGUCACGUGUGUGUGCUGGGCUGGGGGUAGUGGGAGAGGGGGGGGGAGGCUUGUGGUUGAUUGCGUUUAACUACAUUUUUAUGAGCACUGAUACAAAGUCUGUGUCUGAAUUCUGGUUUGGAAUCUGCCCCCCCUCCCCCAAAGACCCCACAGACGGGACCGAUUUUGCUUCUGGACGGCCUAGGCGGGGUUGGAUGGAUUGCGCACAGAUGUUCUCUUCGCAUUUGCCCUCCCUCCUCCCCCCCCCCGCCACUCCCACUCAGGACUCCAGCUCUCCUCUCAAGAGAAACUUUGGAUCCAAGAUCAACUCUCUUUUUUUUUGAAUUUUAAAACUUGAUUGCAUUUGAGGGAGGGAGGGGGGCCGCUCCAAUCAAAGCGUGGCCCAGCUGAGCCCCUCCUGUCCCGUCCGCCCCCUACACAGCUCCACUCGGAAGAGAUCCUGGCUCGGUGAGGGAGGGGCAGAGGGGCUCCGACAGAGGAAGAAGUUGAUGGACGCAGAACUGUGACACCCUGCCAGGUGGGGGUUGGGCGGGGUGGGGGUGGGGAGGCUGGUUCCCAAUUCUGCCUACAAGGACAGGAAGGGCACAAAAGCGGCCGAUAAAUUUUUGAACCUUG